GCUGGCGCGAUCGGGGGGGGCUCAUGCCUCGGGAAGACAAGCGCGCAACGUUUCUAACCGAUUUGGGCCGUGCCACGAUGAGAGGGGUGCGAAAGUGCCAUAAAUGUGGCACCUUAAAUGGCACUCGAGGCUUCUCCUGUAAGAAUAAAUCUUGCGACGUUAUUUUCAAGGAAGCAGGAGAGAAACGAAAACUGUCAACGGAGGCGUGUCGAAUUACCGCUGGUACAGAUGCUCAGAUAUAUUCUGUUAGAGUGCGUGAUAAAGGUCCAGAUUAUCGAGGAUUUGUUCAACUGCCCCUUAUUCAGUCGAUGGAUGGAUCUGGCGACAUAUUUAUCGGAGCUGAGCCGCUAGAUGACCCUGUCCUCCUCGUUCAGAUGGGAGCCAGGUGUUAUGUUGAGCCUUGCCAGCGUAAUUAUGAAAAAAUUAUGAAUCAGGCAGUUCCGUGUUCGCAUAUCAGAGCUGCCUCACAGUGUUUCAAAGAAGCACAGUCUCUCACUCUGAAAAAUUCAGUCCUCAACUCUUUACCGAUACCACAGUCUGUUAAAUCUGACAUAUGGCAGUUGGCGACAGAUACUCCAGGCCCUCUUGUUCAGAGAGUGUCCAAAAACAUCAUGGUCGUUAAAUGUAAACCCGAGCCUCUCCAUCCUCUAGGCUUCUUACAUUUUAGUUUUCAACAAGUUCGAAAUAAGGAAGAAAUGGAAUACAAAUAUUAUUGUGGUUGUCGAGCUUUCAAAAUACAGCCUGCUGCUCGAGAUGUGACUUUCCGGAAGUGUGUCCACCUUUAUGCCUGUGUUGUGGCCUUUGCAAGCGAUCUCCAACUAGCUCAAGAAUUCUCAUACUAUAUCAAUUUGAUUCAAAGCGAUGUGAGUCAGUCUCCCAAUCUAAGCGUGAGCAGCGCAGCGGGAGACGACAACAGCGUGGGCAUCGGAGAGAGCAGCAGUGGGCUCGGUGGGGUAGGAGAGAGGUCCUUCUUUAUACUGAAUGACUCGGGGGAUUCCCAGUGCCAGGUGGAGGUGGAGGUCCUGCAUGAGGACUCGACCACGAUCCUUGAGGGGAUUCCAAUAUCACCAGCGGAAAAUCUGGUGACACAGGAUGGGUUCAAUGGGAAACCAGAUCCACUCAUUUUCCACAUGCCAAAGCUGUUUUUCGAGUGUCUUAUGGAAAGAAUAAACGCCAGGUCCAAAAAGAAAAGGCUACCUAAUGAGACCCAGACGUUGCUGAGGAAGGAUUCGUUACCUGUUGGGAGGUUCACAAAGUACACUUGGAAAAUCGUAAGUGACCUCCACGUGCGGCAGAUCUUUGACAGCCCAGAAAUGCCCCUGGAAAUGACUCGCAGUUUCAUACAGAACCGUGACGGUACUUACAAGUUAUACCAACACCCAGAGGAAGACUCCGUUUUUGCCAAAGGAAGUCCAAACCAACCUCUUUUACGCCCCCAAGGAUACAAAACCAGGUUACGUGUGGGCACGACUGCCCCAGGACAGAAGGAACCAACCCCAUUCAUCAUUGAAUGGAUCCCAGACAUACUGCCCAAGUCUCUCAUCGGCGAGCUGCGGAUAAAGUUUGAGUUCGACCACCUGCACAACGGACAGCUCCUCACCCAGAGAGAGUUGAGAGGGACACAGGCUGGCGCUCAGACCAUUGCAACAGUCAGGAGCCAUGGCCCUCUCCUGGCACCACGACCCCAGGCUCAGCAGCCUCACCAGCAGUCGUCUCAGACUCCAACGCAGCAGAUCUCCACAGCUGAUCAUAUAAUUAGCAUACCCAUAACAUCGGAAGCCAUGCAGUCGCCGGAAAAUAUUGCAACUAUUUUAACUUUUUAAUAAUUGAAUUUCUAGUCAGUUUGAAGAUGUUGCUUUACCUCUUAAGGAAAAAUAUAAUGUACGUUAGUGAGAUCUAAAUAUUGUUAUAUCAAAGAAAAAUAUAUCAUAGUUUUUAUGACUAAAAUCAUUAUGAUUUGCUUAAUUACUGUGUAAUUUCAUAAAGCCAGUACAGUAUUUUUUUCCAUUCUUUAAUUUUUCUAAGAUAAAGUCAUGCUUAUUAUGUUUCUGAUACUGGAUGUGCUGGCUGACAUUUAAAAAAUCAUAUAUACUGUAUACUAUUUAUGAUAAAUUUAACAAAUAUGUGAAAGGAACUUACCCUAAAUCUAUUUUUAUUUAAAGUUUCUAUUUGAGGAAACCAUAUUUUUAACGGAAAGUCAAGGACAUUCUUGAAAUGCAUUAUUAUUCAGAUUCACAUUUUUAGGAAUUUGUAAGUUGCAGUAUUUAGGUAUUGAAGAAUCUUUUAAGAUUAAUUUAAGUCACUGUAGUAAUUUACCUCAGGUAGGAUCAUCUUUAUGUCCCCAGAAUGGAAAAUGAAAAGUGAGAAUGAGUUUUUACAGUACAGAAUAUUUUGCAGCUUCUGUAAUGUAUCGGUUCCAAAAGUGUGUAACU